AUGAGCCGGUUUUGGAUCUUAUCAUCAAUUGAUGCCUUGUGUAUGAAGGAGAGACGUCAAAUAGCAUAUGUUAUAGAGAGAGAGCACCAAAAUUGGGUGGAGUGGAAGAAGCGAGAAUCGGUGAGGUCUACAAUAAUAUUGAUUUUGGAUGGUGAAGGGCUACUUGGAUGGAGCUUGGUGUUUGGCAACGGGGAUGUGCUUGAAAAGAGGAUGAAAUGGUUGGACACGAUUAUGGUGAAGAUUGUACAAGUAACGUAUGUGGUGAAAAACAAGAUAUGGCAAGGAAAGUUACCGUCGCCAAAGUGGAUUUGGAAAUAUCUUAUGAUGAAAGGCAAGAAACUAAAGGGAAGCUUUGGGGUGGACGGUAGGGGCUAUGAGGUUAGGAGCGAGUAG